CUCUUAGCAUACCCGCGGUACUCUAUUCAAAUCCGAUUCCGCUGCAUAUCCUCCAUCCUCCCCGCCGUGACGCCGUCUCUCUCUCACACAUCCCCUUCUUCCCACGAUAUCUUCGUCUCGCACCGCGCCGCCACAAGCUAUGCAUCUCGCCCCCCCCCCCCCCCCCGCCUCAACUGCCCCGAUUUCCUGUUUCCCCCAAAGGCACGAGCGAUUCAAUCCAUUGCCUUCUUCCCACCCGCGGUGCAGAAGUCGACUUGGAAAUCCUUAACUGGCAGCUGCUCGGUUGGCUGGGGAAACAAUCUUCUAGAGCAAUGGUCCCCAAUACUUCCAUUCUCCAAUUGUUCUCCCCCCACGUCACGAUCCGCCGCAGGACCUCGACCGCUGCCAACAGCGUGACAUUUGCAGUGUCUUCUACCGCAACCCAAAUCGGCGGCUUCCUUUCUAAGAAGCCCUAUACGCCGCCGUCUUGGGCCUCAGACCUAUCACUCGUCCCGUCCCACAACUUCACCCUCGGCCAAUUUCCAACUCCGAUUCACAAGUGGAACCUCCCCAAUUUGCCGAAAGACACAGAAGUAUGGAUCAAGCGGGAUGAUCUCGCUGGCAUGGAACUGAGCGGCAACAAAGUUCGGAAGCUUGAAUUUCUGAUGGCAGAUGCCGUCGCGCAGGGUGCUGAUUGCGUUAUCACUGUUGGUGGUAUCCAGAGCAACCAUUGCCGAGCGACUGCCGUGGCUGCCAAGUAUGUUAAUCUUGAUUGCUAUGUGAUACUAGUUACCUCCAAGCUUCUUGUGGAUGAAGAUCCUGGUUUGGUUGGUAAUCUGCUUGUCGAGAGAUUGUUGGGAGCGCACAUUGACCUUGUCUCAAAAGGAGAAUUUAGUAAAAUUGGGAGCGUGGCUUUAACUGACUUGCUAAAAAAGAGGCUUUUGGAAGGAGGACGGAAGCCAUAUGUGAUUUCUGGUGGUGGAUCCAACUCAUUAGGAAAUUGGGGCUAUAUUGAAGCAGUAAGGGAGAUUGAGCAGCAAAUUAAGUUAUCUGGCAAUGUUCAGUUUGAUGACAUUGUUGUUGCAUGCGGCAGUGGUGGAACCGUCGCAGGUCUUGCUUUAGGAUCACAUUUGAGUACCUUAAAGACGAAAGUCCAUGGAUUCUCUGUUUGUUAUAACCCUGGCUACUUCUAUGACAAUGUUCAAGGUCUGAUUGAUGGACUUCAAUCUGGUUUGAAUUCCCAUGAUAUAGUCAGGAUUGAAGAUGCUAAGGGCUUAGGGUAUGCCAUGAACACAGCUGAGGAGCUUAAAUUUGUAAAGGAUAUAGCUGCAGCAACAGGCAUUGUUCUUGAUCCAGUCUACAGCGGGAAGGCGGCAUAUCGUAUGCUGAAAGACAUGGCCAACAAUCCAACCAAGUGGGAAGGUCGAAAGGUCCUCUUUGUUCAUACUGGUGGUCUCCUUGGGUUGUAUGAUAAGGUGGACCAGUUGUCAUCUUUGGCUGGGAGCUGGCGCAGAAUGGACCUUCAAGAACUUAUCCAUACAAAGAAGGCACUUACAAACGUGGCCUAAGCGGCAUAUCGGCUUGUAAGGCAACGAAGAUAUCUCUGGCUAGAGAUCUGCUGUUGGAGCUGCUUCAGUGGGUGCUGAGACGACUGUAGAGGAGAAAAACUUGGAACCAUUUCCUUUUACUGUGGCUAGCUUUUAUUCUUGGAAACAUAUCGAGGCAUAUGAAGAGCUUCCGCAUAUUUUCCAACUAUUUAAACUCCGAGCUCCACCUUGACUUUGCUCGCAUCCUCCUCCAAUAUGGGUGUGCGUAUCAUAUGUUUUCCUCUUGCUCCUUAUAUAUUUCAAGCUCCGCGCUAACUUUGGAUCGGAUGUUGUAUAUGCGAUCUGCUUGCUUAGCUCAAUUUUGCUAAGGUGUUGAAUAUGCGAUCUAAUUUAUUCUCUUAUUCUGUCA